GAUCCCUCUCUCUCUUUCUUCCUCCCCCUUCUGAAUCUCAGAAAAAAUAGGGUUUCCUCAACAUAAACUCCCACAGCGCAACGAAUCCCCGCCAUUUUUAUCCCGUGCCAGGCGUUGCUCUGUACUCUUUACUCUCCAUACUCUCCUGAUGUAUAUCUCCAGAUAGUAUUGAACAAUCAAAACCACACCUAUUUUCUUGGCCAAUGGCAUUUCAAUAUCAAGCAUCGGCCUGCUUCAUUAUUACAUAUUUUUUCUGUUUCACCUAUUGAACAUCGUCCUCUUCAUCAUCAGUUGUGACCCUCCCUUGCUUGUUUUAUUGCUAUUUGGCACUUCGUUGGAUCCCUUAAUUGAAUAUCACUUCUUACACCUCCUUUGGAUCCUUAUCUUUCUUAUGGCUCAAAUUCUCGAAAUUCUCUUGCUCUUGAAAUCCAUUUCGCCUCUCACUUUGUUUCCACCUUUCAAUACUUGUACUCUUUCUUCCAUGAAUGCUUCUGGCUGCUGUGCUUCCUUCACAGUUUGCCUUGAAAGCUUCUCUAUUAGAUAACAUAAAAUGCCGAGGACAAGGGAAAAUGAAAAGUCUGUGGACUCUGAGCCCGAGGAACAGGUUGAUCUUGAAGAUGAUAAUGACCUUGAAGAACAGAUGGAAGAAGAGGUUGAGUAUGAGGAAGUAGAGGAAGAAGUUGAAGAGGAAGAAGUCGAAGAGGAAGAGGUGGAAGAGGAGGUAGAAGAAGAUGAGGAGGAUACUUCUAAUGGUACUUCAGAAAAAGGCUUCAACGGUGAAGAGGAAAGUGAGGAAAAGAAGCAUGCUGAACUCCUGGCACUACCCCCUCACGGGUCUGAGGUUUAUGUUGGAGGUAUCCCCCAUGAUGUUUCUGAACAUGAUUUGAGACAUUUUUGUGAAUCGGUUGGAGAAGUUACAGAGGUGAGGAUAAUGAAAGGAAAAGAAUCAGGUGAAGGCAAGGGCUAUGCAUUUGUCACUUUCAGAACAAAGGAGUUGGCUAAUAAAGCCAUGAAGGAUCUAAACAACUCUGAAUUUAAGGGUAAGAAAGUCAAGUGCUCCGCGUCUCAAGCAAAUCAUAGGCUGUUUAUUGGUAAUAUACCAAGAAGUUGGGGGGAGAAAGAUAUGAAGAAUGUCGUAAUGAAGAUAGGACCAGGAGUUGUUUCUGUGGAACUGUUGAAGGAUCCGCAGAACCCUAUUCGGAAUCGAGGAUUUGCUUUUCUCGAGUACUAUAAUCAUGCAUGCGCAGAGUACUCUAGGAAAAAGAUGUCAACCCCAGAGUUUAAACUGGAUGAUAAUGCCCCAACAGUGAGCUGGGCUGAUCCGAAAAAUGCAGGAUCUUCUGCUGCUUCUCAGGUACUAUGUAGUGUUAGGGCUAUUUAUGUGAAGAACUUGCCAAAAGAUAUAACUCAAGAUCAAUUGAGGCAGCUGUUUGAACACCAUGGAAAUAUAACCAAAGUAGUUCUCCCCCCUGCAAAACCAGGACAUGAGAGGAGCAGAUUUGGGUUUGUGCACUUCUCAGAAAGAUCGAGUGCCAUGAAAGCACUGAAGAACACUGAGAGAUAUGAAAUUGAUGGUCAAGUUCUGGAUUGUUCUUUGGCCAAGCCUCAAGCAGAUAAUAACAAGUCUGUUGCAGGAACUACUUCACAAAAGGCAGCCUUCAAUCCAAGUUUCCCCCCUGGUCUUGGGUAUGGUUUAGUAGGAAAUCCUUAUGGUGCUAUUGGUGGAUAUGGUGCUGCGGCCUUUGCUCAAGCAAAUUUUUUGCAGCCUUUAAUUUAUGGUAGGGGACCAACUCCGGCUAGCAUGGCAAUGAUGCCGAUGUUCUUACCCGAUGGAAGGGUUGGAUAUGUAUUGCAGCAGCCUGAGAUUCAACCACAUCCCCCUGUAUUCCAACAUCGUGGUGGUAGAGGUGGUGGUUCAAGCAGCUCCGGCAGUGGUAAACGUUAUAAUGACAGUAAUCGUGGACGUGGGCGCUACAAUCCAUAUUAACCUUUGUGUGUACAACUCCGAAUGUUCAGCACUGAACCCUUUCUGCUAGCUUGACAUUGUAUGCUGAUGAAUGGAUUUGUAUUGUUAGAUGAUGGAAACAUGGAAAAAUGGUUCUUCCCCUUGUUAGUAAAGUUUCCCAUUGGUGAGUAAACCCUUCUGUACGAAAUCAUAUAGUGAAUGUGUGAAAAUUGUCUAGGUUUUUAGUGUU